CACUUCCUCAAUGUCAAUGCCCCUCUGUUUUAGCACUGUCUACAAUUACGAGAGAGAGAGAGAGAGAGAGAGAGAGAGAGAGAGUUAGUUUUCAGUCUUGACAUAAAUCCCAACGGAUCAUUUUGCUCUGUUCACCUGCUUGGUCCCGUGACUCUCUCUGCACAAUAACAGUCCUCUUGUCUCUCUGCCUCGCUCUGCACCCACGCUGGACUCUGCUAUCCCUUCCUAUUGGAGGCUUUGAUUUCCUUUACUGGAUAAGUUUUCGAUUCUAAUAUACUUCUCAUUCCUUUUGGUCCAAAACCCAUCUCCUAAUAGGCUUGAAUUUCGGAUUAUGUGGAUUCAUUUCAUGACAUUCGGGGAGUUUUUCUAGGUUUUUUUUUUAAGGUACUCUGUUUCCAUUGUACUUCAUCACAGUGUAUAUUUACACCUACACACAGCAAUUUUCCUCUUUUAGAACGAAAUAGGUACUGGGGUUUUAGCAUCCGUUCUGGGUUUUUCAUGAAAAUGGAUUCCCAGUUUGAAGCUCCAAAAAAAACAUUGACUUUCUCUUUUCGAUGAGUUCAACAUGAGUUGUCUAGGGUUUUGUGUUUGGAUUUUUCCCUUUUAAAGAAAGCACCUUUGGCUUUUAAUAGUAUUACUUGACUUGUGUGGGGUUUAGGGUUUAUGCCUGUUGAACUGCAAUCCCACAACCUCAGGCUUUUUUAGCAUUUUCUUGGCAUGUAUUGAUCUGGGUAUCUGGAGUUUUCACCAAUUUUGAUACAAUUGGUCUACCACUUCACCUGUUUCUUCAACUUUCAGAGUGAAUGGUUUCAUUGUGUGGUCUUUCAAUUCAAAGUUGAUGAUUCCAUAUGGUAUUGCUUUUCUUUGGUCCUGUUACUUGAAUUUCGUAUGUCUUCCUCAACUUCAUGCUUGAUUUCUCUCCAUGAUUUAGCUUCUGUUCCUUGAUUUUGCAUGUUUUUUCCAUUCUAUCUUGAGUUGAUUUAGCAUUUUUUGUUGUUGUUGUUGUUGUUGUUGUUUACUAUUUCAGCUACUUUAAGAUUCUGUAUAUGGGGGUUCCAUCCAGUUUGAGGGUUCACCAUGUGGUUUUGAAAUCCUAGUUGUUGUAUUCUAUGUUACAUCUGUGCUUGAUUUCUAUUUCUCUUCUCUUGGCUUAUUCUGUCUUGAAUCUCCAUUAGGGCUUCAACUUUUCCAUCUUUGUCCAAGGUUUUCAAUUAUUCUACCUUGUAUUAGAUCUCUUCAUAUUAUAUUUGAAGUAAUCUGCAAACAUGUCUUCUUGUUUAACCGGAGGCAGCCAUACUUGUAGUUUUGACCUCGAUUUUUUGAGAUCUCCAUCAACUACAAGUUGUACCUUAAAUUCAUCUUCUCCUUCAUCAACUCUCUCAGAGGCCAGCAAUUCCAGACUUGCGAUCUCAACCCGAAAACCUCGGACUCCUCGAAAACGACUGAACCAAGCCUACAAUGAUGCAGCAACACUUCUGUCCACAGCUUGCCCAAACAUUUUCCCUGCCAAACACCUCACAAAGCCUUGCAAAUUCACCAAGCCAAACGACACUUUCUUCAAUGAACCCUCGCAAUUGCUCCUACCUUUUCGAGUUAUCGACGAUUUUGGUUUCUUACUCCACCAACCAUACCCAGAGAAACCAAGUUUCCGAAUUGAGUCAAAAGUUCUGAAUUGUGGAAAGCCUUGCGAGAGCCUGGUGGAAAAUGAUUUGCAGGUGGAUUCCUUGAAGUUGGGUGAUGGUUACCAAGAGGAGUUUGAUGCGAUAUCGAUACUAGCUGAGGAAGUUGAAGAUGGUGUUGACAGUAUCAUGGGAAAUCUAAGUGUGAACAAUGCUUCAGUUGAAGAGGCUAGGGUUGCUAGUUGUAGUCGCCAGAUACUUGCUUGGAAUUGUCAUCCGGUGUGGUUGGGAUUUGGUAGGAAUUUCGACUUCGGUGUUUGGAUGAGAAGGGGUAUUAGAGCAUUGAAGCAUGUCGAUGAAGAAGAGUGGUGGAGAUUUCCCCUUGUAAAUAUCCUUGACGUCUCCCCUAAAUUCAGCACAGGAACCUCAGAAAAGAAGAAAAACAAGAUUCUGAAACCAGUGGAAAAGAGUUCACAAUCGCGAAAAGGGAAUUCUCGGCCCAAGUUGCUAUUGAAAUUGAACUAUGAGGGGGUAUUGAAUGCAUGGUCUGAUCGUGGAACACCAUUUUCCAAGGAAGUUACGGCCCAUGAGAAUUCCAGUAUUGAUCUCAAUGCCAGAUUGGGUCAAAUAGACUUGUUCUCUGAUAUUGACAGAUUAAGAGAAACCAGUGAGCUGCGCUACAAGAAAAAGGCGACGCUCAAGCUACUUCUCAAAUAAGAUUGGAUAGCAUGUCACGACAUGCAACAAUGGACUGCCCGUGACUGAGGGGCGGUUCAAAUGGACAAAUUCAUACAUGGCGUGAGAUGAGGGGAAUGCAAUACAUUUUGAUCGGGUUUCGCAUUCCAUCCACCCAUCCCACCAGGGAUCCAAGAAAUAGACGGCCUAUUUAUUUUAUGAAAAAAAUAUGACUUGUCUGCAUGGAUGAUGUGCGCAUUGAGGCUUGUAAAAUGCAUGGUUUGGAUCACCAAAUGAGACCGUUUGCAUCCAAUUUUCAGUCGCAUGAGCAAUCUUGCUCUUGUUAUAUCGUCUUCUGUAUCGAUGAGGUUUGUAAAUUAUAGUAAAUCUUUUGCUUUUAAAGAACAGCAUCUUGAUGAGGAAUAUGAACAAGUCAAAUUAAGCA